AAGACCUUGGAAUGUGCCCACAGGUAGGGCAUGAAUAGCCCAUGUGAACAUUGGGGGUAGAGAUGUUUCUAAUUCUGUGCAUCUCAUUUCUCUUUAGCUACUACAAUUCUGUUUCUCUCAUAGGGCACCUAUUUUGAUGUGCCAGUGUCUCCCAUGCUUAUGCAAUCAGUUCCUAAAGUUGAGAACUUGAGAAUACAGAGUAGGUGCUUAAUAAAAGUUUGUUGAUGGACUAAUUGAUGAGCUUCAUUGUACAACUUCCUGACAAUUGAUCACCUGGCCUCUGUUCAAAGACUUCUAGUGCUGUAGAUCUCACCACUUCCAAAGGCAACUGCUUGAGUGUAGUCAGCAGUGCACCCUCCCAACCUCCUCAGCCUGUUGUGGUACCCAAGCCCGCACAGUGUGUCCACCAUGUAUCUACCCAACCCAGUUGCCCUGGCCGAGGAAAGAUGUCUAAACUGCUGAAUCCAGAAGAGAUGACCUCAAGGGAUUACUACUUUGAUUCCUAUGCUCAUUUUGGGAUUCAUGAGGAAAUGCUGAAGGAUGAGGUACGCACGCUAACCUACAGAAACUCCAUGUACCACAAUAAGCAUGUGUUUAAAGACAAAGUGGUCCUGGAUGUUGGGAGUGGCACAGGGAUCCUGUCUAUGUUUGCUGCUAAAGCAGGGGCCAAGAAGGUGUAUGGGAUCGAAUGCUCCAGUAUUUCUGACUACUCAGAGAAAAUUAUCAAGGCCAACCACUUGGACAACAUCAUCACCAUAUUUAAGGGUAAAGUGGAGGAGGUGGAGUUACCGGUGGAAAAGGUAGACAUCAUCAUCAGUGAGUGGAUGGGUUAUUGUCUUUUCUAUGAAUCAAUGCUUAACACAGUGAUCUUCGCCAGGGACAAGUGGCUGAAACCUGGAGGGCUUAUGUUUCCAGACCGGGCAGCUUUGUACAUGGUAGCAAUUGAAGACAGACAGUACAAGGACUUCAAAAUUCACUGGUGGGAGAACGUGUAUGGCUUUGACAUGACCUGUAUCCGGGACGUCGCCAUGAGAGAACCCCUGGUGGACAUUGUCGACCCAAAGCAAGUGGUGACCAAUGCCUGUUUAAUAAAGGAGGUAGACAUUUACACUGUGAAGACUGAAGAGCUCUCAUUCACAUCUGCAUUCUGCCUCCAGAUUCAGCGCAACGACUACAUCCAUGCUCUGGUCACCUAUUUUAAUAUUGAAUUUACCAAGUGCCACAAGAAAAUGGGAUUUUCCACAGCCCCUGAUGCUCCUUACACCCACUGGAAGCAGACAGUUUUCUACCUAGAAGAUUAUCUUACUGUCAGGAGGGGCGAGGAGAUCUAUGGGACCAUUUCCAUGAAACCAAAUGCAAAAAAUGUGCGGGAUCUUGAUUUCACAGUGGACUUGGACUUUAAGGGACAGCUGUGUGAAACAUCUGUAUCUAAUGACUACAAAAUGCGUUAGCACACAAAGGAAUUUGCAGAAAACAAACAAACAAAAAAAGAAGCACUGUCUCAUCUCGAUCUGCUGCAUUUGCCCACCAAGGAAAACUGUUUGCAGGACUACACAACGUGGACCUCAGUGUGUUAACUCGGCCCAGAAGUUUGGUCACCUCAAGAGGUUCCCGGCAGGCCUUGCUCUAAGUUGGAGAUUCAGAAGAAUUCCCAGCUCAGCUCUGAAAGUCCAACCUAAAGGCCAUCUAGGCAAAGAGGCUCUGGUGCUCCAACAAAACCCCCAAGGAUGGAAAAGGACACAAGCAUACCAAUUGUAUUCUUUAACUGUGAAUCUCUGGAUCUUCCAAGUUUUGCAUGCUGCAGGCAAUUAGGGCAGACUGUUUACAUUAAAACACAGAGACAUAGUGUCUUUGAUAGCUUAACCAAGAUUAUCUGUCUAUCCAUGAUGUGUGUGUGUAUGUAUGUGUGUGUGUGUGUAUGUGUGUGUGUGCAACAUAUAUAUUAAUUUAUAUAUCCACAUAUGCCUGUAUAUGCAUGCAUAUACAAUCAAGUGGGUAUACCUAGACAUUAAUGCAGAGUGGUAUGUAAGUAUGUAUAUAUGUGCAUAUAUAUAUAUACAUAUAUAUGUAUUUAUAUAUAUUUCACUUGGAGGGGGUUCUGUUGCUUUUGAAUAAGGAAUUUGUUUUGUGGUUAGUUUCUCCCCUUAAACAGAUGUUAAGCAGCCAGUGAAAGUUACCUGUACCAACACUGGUUUUCCUUUAACUGGACCUGUCUCUUAGUGCCUAGCAUAGUUCCAAAUGUCUAGAAGGCACUGAAUAAAAAUGGAUGAAAGUGAGAUGGACUGAAGUUAAAUGCAUCCUUUGUUCAAAAUGAAUUGUCCUUGGGUUUUGGAGAAAGUCCCCAUCUGAAAAACCUUGAGAUUUAAAGAGAAUAGAAAAUUAAGUGCUUCA